AUGAAAGUUACUACUUAUUUAAAGGUAUUUCAGAGAAUGUAUGGAUAUUUAUUUAAAGUAGGAAGAGUAGUUGCUACAAGAUCAGCUAUUACAAGUAGCAGCAGCAGUGGUUUCACUUCAAAGAACCGUCUGUUGAGAUGCAAUCAAUUGUUCUCUUCGAAAGCAAUGUCGAUGAACGGUGUCUCAAAACACUUCUUCACUACAUUGACACCAGAGUCACCAUUGAAGUUACAAAUCGAUCAGGAACUCGCACUCAAAGACGAGUUUGAUGAAGAUCCACUCGACACCGUCGACGAUAACCUCGGUGAAAUCAGUAACGAAGAUGGCGAUAUGACACCACUUCAAAUGGCCAACGAAGAGUUUCAAGCAGCCAUCGAGCAGAGCACUCCAGACAAACCAGAGGAUGACGAUGAAGAGCAAACCGAAUGGUUAUUAAAAGACAAUGCUUCAAUCAAUGAUAAAUUAGAAGAACUUACAAAGAAAAUAUCAGAAUAUUAUACACCAAAGAAAGAGAUCAUCUCUAUCGAUAUUCAUAAGCCACAAAUCACAACUGUAACUAGCAAAUGCAAUAACCUCAUUAGACAAGCAGAGACUUUCUUGGCAAACAGACAGUUUGACAGAGCAGAGCCAUUACUCUUGGGUGCACAAAGUUACUUUUUAAAGAACAAACAACUAAUACAAGCAAACAAAGAGAAAGAUGCAAUCACAUCCGAUCAAUUACAAGGUUACAUCUCUGCAUAUCUAGCUAAUAUCUAUCAAAGUAAAAAUCAUUAUGAUACUGCUAAGCAAUAUUAUGAAGAAUGUUUACCAUUAUUAGAAAAGUCAAAUGAUAUCAACUUUUAUGGUAGUGCUUUAUUAAACUAUUCAGAAUUCUUAUCAAAUACAGAUCAUCAAGAAGAUUGUGUUAAGGCAUGUCAAAAGGCAAUUGAAAUCUUUGAAUCAACAAACAAAGAAUCAACAGAUGAAAGAUUAUAUUUGGCAUUGUUUAAUAUGUCUAGUUAUCUCUCGUUCCAACGUAAAUUCGAAGAGGCACUUCCACUCUGUAAGAGAGCAUUUGACAAACUCUCGGUGUCACUCGGUAGAAACAACCAGGUCGUUCACACAGUAGCUGCCAAUCUCUCAAAGUUGUAUCAAGAGUUAAAGAUGAAUAAGGAACAGUUUGAAUUGGAUAAGUUGUUUGCCGACGAUCCAGAGGGUAGAGUCGAGUUUGAGACUUCGGCCGACGACCUCUCACACAUCGACAUGCAACAAUUGAAACAGAGCUGGUUGAAGCAAGGUCACCAGAGACAAGUCGACUUGGACGGUUUCCACAAAUCGAGUGCAACCUCAAAGAAAGAGUUUUCAUCAUUCUUGAGACAAUUGGAACAAAAGGGUAUCAACUGUGGUCCAGAGUCACUCGAGCUACUCACCAACGAAUUGGAAUCCGUAGAAUACGCUCCAGACCAAUUGGAAUCAUGGAAACCAAUGACCUAUCAAUACGGUGUCAAUACUAAAUAA